GCGCCUUGUCUUCUUCUUCGCACUUAUUCUCCUACCACCACAAGUGUUCAUCACCAUCCGCCCACAUCGCUUCUUGAUAGUUCUUGUCAUCAGAACCCUUCAUAACAAAAUCAGACUCACCUUUCUGACACCUCAGUCCAUCGAGUACCAUUUAAACAUUGAGUUUGCCACCCGACGCACUGCGCCACAAUGUUCAGCUUGCUCAAGAGGGCCCAUGCGGCCAUCAAGAAGUCGAUUAAACGACUGAAGAAAUUGCGACACACUUUUGUGGAGCACAACCAUGUGAAAGGGCCUACAGGUGCCAUCUUCGAGGCGAUCACUGCGAGUACAAUCACAUACACGGAUGACGACAGGGACGACAUCUUGUCAAUAUGCUUCACGGUCGACGGAUUUGAGGAACACGCAUUGGCAACGGAGGGCGAUGAUGGAUGCACGGAUGCUUCGGAUGAGUACGAGUCUACGUUCCACAUGCGCUUCGGCGCGCGGGUUCUGCAACCGAUCCCAGAGAUUGGGGCUGGCAACUUCCCCGAACCAGUGCUCUAUCUCGAUGGCUGGAACAAUACGGCAGAGUAUGAGGACGAGCAUGUCCUUGCAGAGCAGGGAUGCUUUGAAUCAGAGGACAUCAACAACGGCAACGAGCUUGAAAUGAUCCGCAGAGUUGAGACGUCCGGUACCGAAUCCGAUGAAUCUUCUUUCCUGCCUACUCCGCCUUCCCUGUCGUUCAAUACCGCGCCAACUCAGCAGAUUCGCAGGUCGGUGGUAGGACAGACUACGGUCGAGGUUCCUCAGCACGUAACAUCGGCGCGGCUUCCAUCCAUUGCAUCAUGCGAACGGGUUUUCGCACGAUGUCUGGACAUUGGAGCAGCGUACACGGCACGCGUUGCGAAAGCCGAUAAGGUGCAACAUGACAUGGAACUCACGGAGGCGCGACGUCUCGCGAAUCCACAGGCUAUCGCGGAGGUUGCUGAAGAGGCUGGACCGACGCAGCCUAACACGAUAUGGCACAUCGCCACGGAGCUUGUAGCAGCAGCUGGGGUCACAGAAGCAGAGACUGAACAUAUAUCGGCAUGGUCCGCAUUGAGCGAUAUCCCCGACUACGUUGACAAGACUAUGGCAUGGGAUAUUUUCCUGGGCGAGAUCUUCUACAAGCUGAAGCCUUCCCAUGAGCUGAAGCCGGGAAUGGCACUGGCUGCUAUGAGGGCGUUCAACAAGAGAUAUCCUGAAAACCGUUUCACCUUGGUCGAAACGCCGGUUGCCGCCCCGAAGGACCGCGAGCGUUCCAAUGUGGUGGAUGGGCAGAAGCGCAAGACCGAGGUGCCUACGAACCAUUCGAGGGGAGUCAGCUCUGCUGAGGGUGGCCAGAGGAUGAAUGCGUCCAUGGAUGAGCCUCGCAAGCAGGCUGUCAAAGAAUCUCGUGUGUUGGGGAAGGAGCAUCGUGCACACGACGAAGAAUUCGAGAAGCGGUGGGCUGCGGAGUACUGCAGCACGAUCUAUCUUCAAGCGUGGAUGCAUCUUGCGGGCAUGACGUUGGUCCUUCGUGACAUCAAGCAGAAGCAGAGGCAACAUGCUCGUCAGAAAAGAGAGAGGCGUCUGUGCGGAGGUGGAGGCAUAUGA